AUGGCAGUGGCCGCCGCCGCCGCGGAGGCCUUCAACCACGCGCCGCCGUCCCGGCCUCCGCUUCCGGCCAGCCGGCAGGAGGUCCAGGCCGCCGUCGCCAAGGCCGUCGAGCUGCGCGCGCUCCACGCCGCCCUCCGCCAGCGCGGCGCGCCCAAUGCCAAUGCCGGCGCCAGCCGCAGCCCGGCCACCAUCCGCCUCCCGCCGGCCGCGUCCCCCGCGCGCUCCAGGGCAGGGGCAGCGUCGGCCGGCGCGAGCGAGGACUACCCCGUGUUUACUCCGACUUACGAGGAGGAGCCCGCGGCCAUGGUUGCUGGACUGAACGACAUAUGCCAGGACACCCGGAGCCGGUCGGAGAACUGGAGCGGCAUCACCUUGGACCGCGGCGGCCGCGAUGGCGGCGACGAGGCGGCCUACUCGGACUACGACAACUGCCUCAACGGGUUCUCCUCCUCCAACAGCGACUUCCACUACGCGCCUUCUUCCACUGACAAUCACCUCCGGACCAGAGGCGCGCACAGGAUCUACCCGGCCUUUCUGCAGUCGGCGCCGCUGGCCGGCCGUUUCGCCGCGUCGGCCGGCCGGGUCACCGGCACGGCCGAGUUUAAGGCGCCCCCGGCAUCUUGCAGCAGCGCGUUCCGGCCGGGGACGAUCGGUAGGGAACAUGGCGGGAACGACAGGUUCCUCGGCAGCAGCAACAGAGUGCCGCCGUCUUCCAGCCAGCACCCUUCGGCGUCCACGCACUCCCGGGCGAAACAGAGGGGGUCGCAGAUCCUCUCGUGGUUCUUCCCCAAGGCGAGGAAGAAGGCGAAGUCGCCGUUGCAACCGACAGCCGUGAUCGAGCGCGAGAACAUGUCGCAGCUCCUCAAGGAGUGGGGGCUGCUCUCGCUGGACUCAGCAAAGAAGGAGCUCGCCGAGGCCAAUGCGCACCGCGACGCCGCGCUGGAGGACGCUGCCGAGAUGAGGUCGUCGCUGGGCGAGCUGACCACCAAGAUGAUGAGCCUGGAAGCCUACUGCUCGGAGCUCAAGAAUGCGCUGAGGCAAGCGACGGACAAUGGUGGCACGCAGCCUCACUCGCGGCGAUCGUCGUCGUCGAGGUCGAUCGGGGCGAGCCGAGAGCUCCCGGCCAGCAGCAUGCCGGUGAGCCACGAGGCCAUGGUGGAAGGGUUCCUGCAGAUCGCCUCGGAGGCUCGCCUGUCGGUGAAGCAGCUCUGCAAGUCGCUGAUCCAGCAGGCCGAAGAUCCCGACAACGGCCUGUCAGACAAGCUGAACCUGCUCCUGCAGCCGUACCAGCUGGCGAUCACCGCCGGCCGGCACUGCUCCAAGGCCAUCCUGUACCAUCUGGAGGCGAUCAUGAACCAGUCGCUGUACCAGGACUUCGAGAACUGCAGCUUCCAGCGAAACGGCGCACCGAGGCACCUCGACCCAAACCAGGACCGCCGGGAGAGCUUCGCGUCCUUCGUGGCGCUGCGCAACCUGAGCUGGAGCGAGGUGCUGCGGAAGGGCACCAGGUACUACAGCGAGGACCUGAGCCGGUUCUGCGACCAGAAGAUGAGCUGCGUGGUGGCGGCGCUGGGCUGGUCCUGGCCGUGGCCCGAGCAGCUGCUGCAGUGCUUCUUCGUCGCCACCAAGUGCGUCUGGCUGCUCCACCUGCUGGCAUUCUCCUUCGGCCCGCCGCUGCCGAUCUUGCGGGUGGAGGAAGGACGGGCGUUCGAUCAGAUGUACAUGGAGGACAUUUUGCCGGACAAGCGACAGGUUCAGGACUCGCUGACAGUCAAGACCAUGGUGAUGCCAGGGUUCUAUGUUCAGGAUAGAGUGCUCAAGUGCAGGGUCCUCACGACUAGAUCAGUAGCAUAAUAUGUGUCAUGUUGGUCGUGUAAGUUUUGUUCGACUGAUAGCCAGCUAGUGUGUGUGGUGUGACUUGUUAGGGUGAGGUUAACAUUUUUCUUGUCGAAUCCAGAGGUGCAGAGAUUAAUGUCAAAAUGCCGACCUCUGUGUUCUCAGUAA